AUGUCCGUUUUCUGCAUGAAAAAGAAAACCGUUCUAAUGUCUCACCAACCCUCUUACUCUACUGAGUCUUAUAAACAGAUUCCUCCUCCUCAGCCAUCAAAAUUGAAGAAACCCCACAACACCAAAGACAGGAAAAUGGGCCAUGAACACCGAGAUAUCAGUGAUAAAGCUUCAAAACCCCACCACAACAAGGUGGAAACUGCAAUGGAAAAUGUUACGGAAGGAAAAGUUGUUGAACGUGAAGAUAGUGGACGUGAGAGGUUGAAGAGGCACAGAGUUGAAGUUGCUGGGAGAGUCUGGAUUCCUGACAUAUGGGGACAAGAGGAUCUCUUGAAGAAUUGGAUAGAUUGCACAGAAUUUGAUGCUCCUUUGGUUCCAAGCAGAAUAGUGAUGGCACGAACGGCUUUGGUGGAAGAAGGUCGAAGGGCCACAUCGGGUGGGUUAAGAAUCAAGAACAGCUGUUGA